AUGAAGCGAUCCGAGAAGAGUUCGUCCAGCGCCUCCAAGAAGAAGCACCAGCGGAAGCAGCAGCGCGAAGCCAACAAGAAGCUGGUCAAGAAAACGAUGACGGUGCUCCAGCCCGCGCUAUCGAUCGGGCUGAGGACGAGGCACAACCCACCCCAUGAAGCUACAUGGCAUUUCGUCGACGUCCGGCAGCAACCACACGUCAUCAAGUUGCUGGGGCCCGAGCUCUUCCGGGAAAUUCGCCAAAAGUUCCGCAUCAACGAGGCGGAAUUCUCCCGCGGGAAUAGUGGCUCCGCCAUAUUCUUCACCGACGAUGAUGCAUAUGUGGUGAAGACUCUUAACGAGGCCGAGAGGGAUCAGUUGAAAAAGAUUCUUUUGGAAUAUAUCAAGGUGCUGGGCACGCGGUGGGCGGUGAAGCUGUGCCUGAUCGACGUGCUCACCCAAGGGAAACCACACAAUGUCCUGCGCCACAAGACCAACCUGCUCGACUACCUCAACGCUGUCAUCUGCCUCCGACCCGGAUGGCAAGAGCGCCGCGACGGUGCCCGGUUUCGAGCGCUUGCACCUCCACGACAACGGACGAAGGCCGGCAACCAGGUCUUCAUCAAGAUGUGUAUUAUCGACGUGCUCCAGAGCGUCGCAAAGCCGAAGGCCGCGGAGUACAAGGCCGAGUUCCUCGAAGGAAUCGACAAGUUGAUCUUCCCUGGACUCGUGUUCAAGAAGAAGAAGCCGAGCAUCAAGACCAACGAUGCUGGUUCUUCGGGACGUCGCGGUGGCGGAGGCGGAGGCGGAGGCGUAGGCGGAGGCGGAGGCGGAGGCGGAGGCGGAGGCGGAGGCGGAGGCGGUGGCGGAGGCGGUGGCGGUGGCGGCGGCGGCGGCAAGGGCGGCGAGAAGACGGGCGGUCGCAGCGGCAAGGAACAUCACCCGAAGCGCCAGCUGACCACCCCGCUC